AUGAUUGAAGAUACAUCAAAGGCACCUGCAUUAGAAGCAAGUUCAACUCCAACACCACACAAUUCAACAAAAGAUGUUGAUGUCUUCCGUAAACCGUUACCACCGGCACCACCAUCUUCUCGUCAUCAAAAGCGUAAAAUACUUGAAGAGGAAAAAUUUGUUCAAGAUUUAGGACAUAUUAUUGAACGUGAUUUUUUUCCGGAUAUUAAACGUUUAAGAGCACAACAAAAAUAUUUAACUGCUCUGGAAAAAAAUGAUGUAGUUGCAUUACGAGAUCUUUAUGCAACGUAUAGUAUCCAUCGUGGUCCUAGUCCAUCACCAUCAAUGAUGGGUCAUCGAGAUACACCAUCAAGUUCAUUCGAAACACCUGUUGAUAGAGGACGUGAUACACCAAAAACAACAAAAGAUGAUGGAAUUGAACGUGAAGAAUUAUUAUCAGGACGUAGACAUACGAAUUACGAUGAUGAUGAAGAUUUUGAUAAACAAUCUGUUACAUCAGCAUCGACAGCAGCAUCAGCAGCACGUAAAAAAGCACGUGAUCUUCGACUUGAUCAAUAUUUAUCAAUAAAUACAAGUGAAGAUAAUAUUUCAUUUGAACAAGUUAUGGAAGAAACACAAAAGAAAGAACGUGCAAAAGUUCAUCAAGCUUGGCUAUAUGGACAACAAGCAUUAACACAUUCAAGUAGUGAUGAUGGACCAGUUCAUGAAUUACCAGUUCCAUCAAUUGAAGAACAGGCAAAAACGAAUAAUCUUGAUGCAAUAGAAUUUUGGCCUUAUACUGUUAAAAAUGCUGUUAUGUAUUUUCCUGAAGGUGCAAAAUUAACUGCAGCUGAAAAAAUAGAACAAGCUAAACAUGUUCGUACUAUUCAUCAUAAUAAUACUCGUUUGGAAGUAGAUCCAUCGACAUUAAAAACUGAGUUAUCAAGUCGUAUUGGAACACCAGCACGACCCAAUCCUACUACUCGACCACAUAUUGAUAUUGAUGGUCGAGAAAUUAAGAAUUUAGAAAGUCCACAAGUUAGUGGCUAUGGUUUUGUUGUUACACCAUCACCUAUGCCUGGUGCACAUGGUGAUGAAUCACCUAUGAUGACAUGGGGUCAAAUCGAAGGUACACCAUUUUGUUUGGAUGCUGGUAAUGAAACUCCCCAAACAAUAAAUAGUGGACCACAAUUUAAAAUAAUUGAAACACCAUUUCGUGAACAAUUAGCAUUAGAAUUAGUUGAAAAAAAUGCAGCACAACAUCGUAAAAAGAAACUUGAAGCAAUGAAAACAAUAAAUCGAAAUUUUUCAUCAACUAAUAAUGCAAAACAAACGAAAGAAUUACUUGUAUCAAAUAUGAGUCCAGCAGCACAACGUCUAUUAACAAAUCGACUUGGUAUUCAACGUACACACUCAACAAAUUCACAAAGACAAAAUGCACUUACACCAUCACCUGUUGUACGAGGCGGUCUUAUUGGUGAUCGAACACCUAAAACACCAUUAAAUAUUGGAAAUAUUGGAAUUAUUAAACAUUCACCACGAACACCAAGUACAUUAGCAUCAACCAUAGUCAGCAGUAGUCUGACAGAUAAUCUUCUCAAUUUAAAACGAUAG